AUGGCGACCCCUAACUCUUGGGAGGACGAUCCCUCUGCUCAAGAUGACAACAUCGCUCAGCAGGCUCAGCAGCAGCUUAACAUGAACCCCGCCCCCGCGCAAGGCGGCUUCCGACCCGCUAUCGCCUCUUUCCAACCAGGUGCCGCUUCGUUCCAGCCUGGUCAGGCCUAUGGAGGAUACGCGCCUCAAUAUCAGCAACAACAAUACUACCAGCAAGGCUACUACCCUCAAUAUGGUGCUCAACAGCAGCAGCAGCAGCAGCCACCGCAGCAGGGCUUCAACCAAUACAACCAGGGUUAUGGUGGCUACAACCAAGGCUAUGGUGGUGGCGGAUACCCUCAGUAUGGUCAACAACAACAACAACCUCAGCAGCCCGCUGCUCCCACGAUUGCCCAGCGACCCGCCGCCGAUGCUCCCGCUGACCCCAGCCAACCCGCUGCCGCAGCCCCUAAGCCCAAGGUGAUCAGCAUCAGCGCUGAUACCUCCGCGCCCAAGCCUAAGGCAAAGGUUCUUUCCAUCUCUGGAACCGGUGCCGCCACCACUGUCAAACAGGAGGAACCCACCAAGGCUGAACCUACCGACAAACCCGAGGACGGCCAAAAGGCCACAGCUGCUAAGGCUAUCGAGAAGACGGGCGAGAAAGCCGGCAAGGCUGCUGCUGGGGUUAAGACCUCUGGCAAGACCUCGCCGAGCCCCAGCUCUGGCCGUAACAGCCCUACCGCUGGCGAGAAGAAGGCGGCUGCCCGAGAGAUCGAUGCUGUCGAGAAGGAGCAGACUGCUGAUGUCGAUGAGGAAACACUCAAGGAAAUUUACGGCAAGGAGCACGUUAACAUUAUCUUCAUGGGACACGUCGAUGCCGGAAAGUCAACUCUUGGUGGUUCGAUCUUGUACGCCACCGGUAUGGUCGACGAGCGAACCAUGGACAAGUAUAAGAGGGAAGCCAAGGAUCUGGGUCGAGAGUCUUGGUACCUGUCAUGGGUUAUGGAUUUGAACAAGGAGGAGCGAACACAAGGCAAGACUAUCGAAGUUGGCCGUGGUUUCUUCGAGACCGAGAAGCGUCGUUACAGUAUCCUUGAUGCUCCUGGCCACAAGAUGUACGUCCCCAACAUGAUUGGAGGUGCUUCGCAGGCCGAUGUUGGUAUCUUGGUUAUUUCAGCCCGAAAGGGUGAAUACGAGACUGGUUUUGAGCGAGGCGGACAGACCCGUGAGCACGCUAUGCUUGCCAAGACUCAGGGUGUCAAUAAGCUCAUCGUCGCUGUCAACAAGAUGGACGACCCUACCGUCGCCUGGUCUCAUGAGCGAUACCAGGAGUGUACAUCCAAGCUCGCUCAGUUCCUUAAGGGCACUGGCUACAACCUGAAGAAUGACGUCUACUUCCUGCCCAUUGCUGCUCAACAGAUGAUGGGUAUCAAGACCCGCAUCCCCAAGGAUGUUGCUCCCUGGUGGGAGGGCCCCGCCCUGCUUGAGUACCUCGACAGCAUGAAGGCACUCGAGCGUAAGGUCAACGCCCCCUUCAUGUUGCCCGUCAACGGAAAGUACCGUGAUCUCGGCACAAUGGUGGAGGGCAAGAUUGAGGCCGGUGUUGUUAAGAAGGGUAUGAGCAUGGUUAUGAUGCCCAACAAGCAAACCGUUGAGGCUGCUGCCGUCUAUGGUGAGCAGGAAGACGAGGUGCAAUUGGCUCAGUGUGGUGACCAGGUUCGAAUAAGGCUCAAGGGUAUUGAGGAGGAUGACAUUAUGCCUGGAUUUGUGCUGUGCUCACCAAAGCGACUGGUGCAUACCGUUGCUGAGUUCGAGGCACAGAUUCGAAUUCUCGAGCUCAAGAGCAUUCUGACUGCCGGCUUCAACUGUGUGAUACACGUUCAUUCCGCCAUCGAGGAAGUAACAUUCGCAAGCCUCCUACACAAGCUGCAAAAGGGAACCAACCGCAAGAGCAAAAACCCCCCUACACACGCCAAGAGGGGUGACAGCAUUAUCGCCCGUAUGCAGGUGAUUGGCGGAGCAGGCGCCGUGUGCGUGGAGAAGUUCGAGGACUACCCCCAGAUGGGUCGCUUCACCUUGAGAGACCAGGGACAAACCAUUGCCAUUGGCAAGAUUACGAAGCUCAUUAGCAGCAGCGAUGCUUAA